CCGUCUCUUUGCGGCAGUCGGUUGCUAAAACACCAGACAACAUGGCGGAGGCGGCGCAGUGCUCCGGUGCGGAGCAGCUUUUAACGGAGAAUCAGGAGCGUUCCGCCGCGGCGGGAGACACCGGGACACCGGGAGCUGCUGCCCGGGACAGACCCGUAUGUCUGAUAGUGUUGGGCAUGGCGGGAUCCGGGAAAACCACCUUUGUUCAGAGGCUGACGGCUCACCUUCACUCCCGCAAAUCUCCUCCGUAUGUCAUCAACCUGGAUCCUGCCGUCCACGAAGUGCCCUUCCCUGCAAACAUCGACAUCCGCGACACGGUGAACUACAAGGAGGUGAUGAAGCAGUACGGCCUCGGACCGAACGGAGGCAUCGUCACGUCACUUAACCUGUUCGCCACUCGCUUCGACCAGGUGAUGCAGUUUAUAGAGAAGAAGCAGCAGAAUCACCGGUACGUGCUGAUUGACACCCCCGGUCAGAUCGAAGUCUUCACCUGGUCGGCGUCAGGAACCAUCAUCACAGAGGCUCUGGCGUCGUCCUUCCCCUGUGUGGUCGUGUAUGUGAUGGACACGUCUCGCAGCGUCAGCCCCGUCACAUUCAUGUCCAACAUGCUGUACGCCUGCAGUAUUCUCUACAAGACCAAGCUGCCCUUCAUCGUGGUCAUGAACAAGACGGACAUCAUCGACCACAGCUUCGCCGUGGAGUGGAUGCAGGACUUUGAGGUUUUCCAGGACGCUCUGAACCAGGAAACCUCGUACGUGAGCAACCUGACGCGCUCCAUGAGUCUGGUCCUGGACGAGUUCUACACCAACCUGAGGGUGGUGGGCGUGUCCGCGGUGACGGGCAGCGGAUUGGACGAGCUGUUCGUCCAGGUGGAGGACGCCGCUGACGAGUACGAGAGAGACUAUCGACCAGAAUAUGAACGACUCCGUAAACAGCUGGCCGACGCUCAGAGCAAGAAGCAGCAGCAGCAGCUGGAGCGACUCAGGAAGGACCUCGGAGCCGUCGACAUGACGACGACACCGUCCACAGAGGAAGCUAACAUAGCCGGGCCCAGUGACCUCAUCAUGACACGCGGUAACCCUGACGACGUGGAGGAGGACGAGGAGAGCGACACGGACGACAUCGACCACAGCACGACGGAGGAAAGCAAAGAGAAGGACGCUUUUGGAAACUUCCUGAAGGAGAGGAAGGAAGUGGUUCAGGUUCGGAACAAGAGGUGUAUGAUGCCUGAGGGACCCUGACCUUUGACCCCUGACCUCUACGUCUCUGACCUCUGACGGCAGAGAAAAGACUGUGACAGAAUGUAGACGAAGGAAGUAAAAAAAAAAAACUCCCAGAGCUUUCCUUCUGUGGGGUACAGACUAUCACCUGGAGUCAGAGCGGACGGGACAGACUAUCACCUGGAGUCAGAGUGGACGGGACAGACUAUCACCUGGAGUCAGAACGGACGGGACAGACUAUCACGUGUGGCAGCAGAUAGUUUCUGUCUGGACUCUGACGAAGGAGGAAAACGACUUCCUGCUGCUUCCAUCAGUGACGUUUUUUUCCUCAGAUGUUCAGAAAUGAUAAGAAGGUAAAUAUCUAUACUUCCUGUCUGAUCAGAUGACAUCACUCGCACCGUUGAAGCUGAUUGGAUGCUCCUCAGUGUUGCUCCUCCCUCCCCUUAAAUAAAAAAGUUAUAUAUUUUUAUAUCAGAAGAAACUUAAAAUCUGCUUUUGUUGUGUUUUGUUGUUUUUCUGCUGAGUUUUGUUUGUAAAAGCUUUGAAAAUAAAAGUGAGCUCUUAGUUUUCAA